AUGCAGCCGCCGCCGGCGCCCCCGCCGCCGCCAUCCAGGGACGUGGGCCAUGUCGAGAACAUCAGCUCCGAGUCGUUCAACUCGCUGUUUGACCACGAGGAUUCGAUCUUCCGCUCGUGGCCGACGCCGCCCUCCGCAGGGUCCUCGCCACCACGCCCGCUACCGUCGUCACCAUGCCCGCCGUACUCGCCGGUGUUCUCGCCGUCGCCGCCGUCGCCACCCCCCUGGCCGCUACCGCGUCCAGCGUCUUCGUUGGCAAGACCCCCGUGGCGGUCGGAGCAGCAGCAGCAGCGGCCGGGGCACGGCCCCGCCGCACUGUCAGCCUUCUCUCCCGAGCAGCAGGUCAACCUCGCGGAUUCCGCAGCGUGGCUGUUCGUCGUCGGCCCCUUGCUGGGCGAGGGGGCGGAGGUAGUAGGUGGUGGUGCUGUUGCUGCGGCAGUCUUGGAAGCGCCUGCCGCGGUCCCCGCUUCCGUCGACAACACGGCCGGGGCCCGUGCCGGCGGCGGCGGCGGCGGCGGCGCUGACGAUGCCCCGGCUUUGAGGACGACGAACGGCUUCAUGGCGUGGUUCCGGUCUCCCCGUUCGCCGAGCCCAGCAACAGGGCGGAUGUGCCGGGCGAUGAGGGCGGUGUUGGCGACCUUGUCGUCGUUGGUGUGUCCGUGCUUCGAGAGGAUGUAUGACGACGACGACGACGACGACGACGACGACGACGACGACGACGACGACGAUGGCCAGAGCGAUAGAGAGAGGGAGUAGGGCCGCGGCAAAGAUGGAAUAUGAAGUGAUCCCCUCUCGGAUUGGAUUGUUUCCGCUUUAAACCGUGAAGCUUGUAGCUCAGGCUUUGCGCGAUAGCAGCAGGUGGCGCGUUGAAAGGUGGUCGUUAAACAGCGGUCGCCUCUUGGUCCGAGGAACGAAAGUGAUUUUUUCAAUGAACUUGCCAACCUCUAGUGCGUUUGCUGUAUUCCACUGAUUUAUUUACCCAAGCAUACGAGGAUGUAGGAUUGUUGCUGAUUGCUUGUUUUGCUUCGAAGUGCUUUAUUAUUUACAAGUAUUUUACCUUUCUUGUUACCUCAAUCUUACCAGUAGCAUUAAGGUUUGGAAGGCAGGGUAUGGAGUUUUCCUUUCCAACCUUGUCUUCGUGUUUUUCACUUAACUUGUAAUUUGUCCAGUUGAGCUGAUGUUCGGGGGACCCUGUAGCGGGGGUUCCUCGUGACUGCACCACUACCGCUCGCUGUUGGUGCGGAUCGCUCAUCGGUGCAAAUCAAUUUUGGGUGUGACUGACUUGCGGAGGGAGGUGGUAACGGUUGUAGGGGUGGGCGUAGGGGAGUAGCUCGAGAUGGGGAGGCGGGACGGGGGCGCUCUGUGUGUGUGUGGCCUCCACCAUCCAUGAGAAAACGUAGUGUUUUCCGAUCGGCUCUAUACACUUUUGAGUGCGUCAUGCGCGGGCUGAUUGCGUGGAGGUGCUCCGGAUGUGCUCCGGAUGGCGCAGCGAUGAGAGUCGAACCUUAUGCACCCAGAGCGGUGGGAAACGCCGGACACUUGGCUCUCGGUACGCUUCGAUGCCAACGAUUCAACCAGCCCAUUGCCGCACGCAGUCGCGCGGGCUGCUUCCCUGCAACUGCUAUAUGUCAGGCAGCAGUCAAGAGACAGCAUAGCCGUUCUCUCUGAGUAAUAGUACUAGGACAGCCGGCUCCCGUAGACGAGAUAAUAUUAUCUAUCACAGUUUUUUUUUUAUACCACCGCGAGUUUUUGCGGCCCAUUGUCCGACCACACCUCCCAGCAGCAAACCGUGAAACCAAUACAAGCACAACCGGAACACCACCACUGCUGCCCUUGUUUGGUUCACAUGCAUGCGGUGUUGGUGGGUUAUCAGCUCCGCCAUUGGAUGAGCGGCGAAAACCACGAGCGAAAAACGCCCCGCCAAGUCAACCCUCCCCCCACU